GCAGCCGGGAUACGCGGUGGAUGACGCCGAAGGACUUGACACGACGGCGAGGCUCCAACGAAAGGGUCUGCAAGAUGGGACCACAGCGUGGCCGCCUACGAGAGUCGGCUGCGUGCCUGGUCGGCAGCUGUCCCAUCGUGUGCCUGUCGGUCAACCAGCUCUUCUCCAACCUUCGCUGCGUGUGGAGCAUCUCGGGCCAUCACCAGGUGGACCUCGACAAGUCAUGUACGGCCAGCGAAGCCGACGGGUGCUUCCACCUUGAAGAGCUGUCCCUAUGGAAAAACUUCCUGUGGGUCGUCAUCAUCAAGCUACGCGAAGGACGGCUGGGCCUGGCUUGCCUGCGCGGACGCGUGGUGCCUUUGGCCUUCAACAAGCGGCGCAGGCGGUCCUUCAUUCUGGUUCACUCGCCGCUUAUGAAGCAUCGCUCCAUCGAGUUCCUGGAGAUGCUCGAGUCACGGAUGUCACCAAAGCAGUUCCAGCUACGGGAAGGCCUGGAGCUUAACAAACACCUGAGGCACGCCAGGCUCUGCUACCGCCUGUUGGACGAUCCGACCAGGGAGCCGAUGGACACGCUCCACCCCAUAGUGGCCACGCUCGACCCGCUAGAGAUGGUGAGCGUGCGCUUCUCUAGCGUGGGCGUGAGCAUGUCGUGUGAGCUGCUCGACAGGUGCGACGUCAUGCUCACGCACGUCUUCUUCGAGAAAUGGACCGACGUGCCCGAUACUCAGGCUUUGAUGCGCUGAGGCGCCGUGCUACGCGCAGCGCCAGGUCCACGUCGACGAGCUGUUCCCGACGGUACACUCCCGCUGCGUGCUGGCCGACCUGCGGUUCUGUACCGCAGUUAUCCAGGAGCUUGUCUUCAGCGGCUGUGCUUCAUACACGUACGGCAUGCUGGACCGUCUCGCAGCGUUGUUCGUCCUCGUGGCCAGUCGGCGCGCGACUCGAUGUGGGGCCAGGAGCAUUUGGCUCUAGUUUCAGCUCAGCGCGACGUUUUUGGGCAUUUCAGUGUAUAUUAAAGAG